AUGGUCAUUCGAUUAUCCAUCAGUUUCUUAGCUGUUAGUUUAACGGCCUUGAGUGUAUUUGACGCAGAGAAGCAUUCCAUUUUUCUCACCUAUCUUGCUCCAUUUUUCUCACAAUUGGCCCUCUCCUCCCGGAGCGUCACUUUUGCUCUCUCGCCUUUUCUCUACAACACCUUCAUUCAAGCUCAUGGGAUGCUAUGGAUUUAUGAUCACAAUGGGUUUAUGGUGUAUACUGAGAUGUUGAGGAGCGGUGUUAUGCCGGAUGAUCAUACUUUCCCUUUUGUGCUUAAGCUUUGCUUGGACUUUUUCGAGGUCCGGAAAGGACUGGAGGCUCUUGGAACGUUACUAAAGGUGGGAUUCGAUUCAGAUGUGUACAUGAAUAAUACUUUGUUGACGUUCUAUGCAAACUAUGGUGAUUUGUUGGCUACAAAAAAAGUGGUUGGUGAAAUGGCUAAUUAA